UCAGCUGGCGUGUGCGUGCCCGUCGCGUCGGCGCAGUGGCCAUCUGUCGAGCUGUUGGCGGCGCGUACCGGCCGGCUGGCGGCCAUCGUUCGCGGGACUGGGCGCCCGACUGCGAGCGAGCGCCUGUGCAGUGAUCUUCCGGCGGUAGCGUGUCUCGACAGCGAACUGGGCACGGCAGCGGCGCAGGUCUGAGGACACGCCUCGACAAUGGCCGACAACCAGGCGGAGUACGACGAUGGCGACCGUGCGCCGCGGCCGCGGCACAACGGCCGAGCGGGCGGCGGCUUCGGCGGCGGGGGAGGCGGCUUCCCGGGCCAGGCGGCGCCGCACACCGACUUGCCGCUGCGCAUCCUCGUCAACAGCGAGAUGGUGGGCGCCAUCAUCGGCCGCCAGGGCAACACCAUCCGCCAGAUCACGCAGAACACCCGCGCCAGGGUAGAUGUGCACAGGAAGGACAGCAACGGCGCCACAGAGAAGGCCAUCACCAUCUACGGCAAUCCGGACAACUGUGACAACGCCUGCCGCGAGAUUCUCGACGUGAUGACCCAGGAAGCAGCCAACACCAACAAGGGCGAGGUGCCUCUGAAGAUCCUGGCUCACAAUAAUCUGAUUGGACGUAUCAUCGGCAAGGGCGGUAACGUCAUCAAAGGCAUCAUGGAGGAGACCGACACUCGCAUCACCGUGUCCCGCGCCACGGAUGUGAACAGCUUCAACCUGGACCGCACCAUCACCAUCAAGGGCUGCCCGGAGGGUAUCUGCGAGGCGGAGCGGAUGGUGAUGGCGCGCCUGCGCCAGAGCUACGAGAACGACAUGCACUCGGCGGCGCCGCACGUGCCGCUGUACGCUGACGUGGGCCGGCUGAUGGCCGGGCCGGCCGGCGGCUACGGCCGCGGCGAGCCCGGCCUCUACGGCGCCGGCCCGGCCGGCUACGGCCCCAUGUACCCGUCGCCGGCCGGCAUGCCUGCUCUGCACGGCCAACCGGAGACGGUGUACGUGUACGUGCCGAGCGCGGCCGUGGGAGCCAUCAUCGGCCGCAAGGGUAGCCACAUCCGCAGCAUGAUCCGCUUUUCGGCCGCCUCCGUCAAAAUCGGCCAGCAGGAGGAGGAGCCGCUGGGCGGCGGCGGUGGCGCCGGAGGAGGCGGCGGCGGCGGCGGUGCCGGAGGAGGUGAUGGCGGCGGCGCCGGAGGAGACGGCAGUGGUGGCGCCGGAGGAGACAGCAGCGGCAGUGCGGGAGGAGCAGGAGGGAGCGGCGACAGCGUUGGCGGUAUUGGCGACAGCGCCGCCGGCAGCGGCGGUGGCAGCGGGGACAGCGCCGGCGGCGGCGGUGACAGUGGUGGAGGAGGGGCCGAAGAAGACGAGGGCACGGCAGAGUCGGCCGGCGCGGCCGAGCCGCCGCCACCCACGGAGCGACCUGCUGAGCGGAAGGUGGCCAUCUACGGCACGCCUGAGGCCCAGUGGAAGGCGCAGUACAUGAUCUUCGACAAGCUGCGGGAAGAGGGCUACGGCACGGGACUGGACGACGUGCGCCUCUCCAUCGAGAUCGCCGUGCCCAGCUCGCAGGUGGGCCGCAUCAUCGGCAAGAAGGGCCAGAACGUGCGCGAGCUGCAGCGCACCACCGGCACCGUGAUUAAGCUGCCGCAGCCGCCAGAAGACGGCGUCGCGCCCACCGAAACAGCUGUCCACAUGAUCGGCCCGUUCAUCUCCGUCCAGUCGGCGCAGCGGCGCAUCCGGGCGCUGGUGGCGCAGGGUGCGCCGCCAGUGCCGCGGCCGCCACGC